AUGUCGACGCCCGAUUUUGCUUUUGGCAGCUUCAACCACAUCUGUUCGAAGGUGUCGUUGACGCUUUGCCCACUCGUGGGCGAAGUCGAUGGAGUCGAACCGGUCUGUUAUUCGCGUAAUGUCCGUAUUGCGGACACCCUCAUCUUUCAGCCAUCGACGCUGAUUAUCCACAUUAUUGCGCUGAUCAUGACGGCGAUCAUGGUCUGGCACAUCCGUUCCAAGUACACUGCUGUCGGUCGCAAGGAGAUCAUCAUGUUCUUUUACCUGUACACGCUGGUGACGAUCAUGGACUUUUUACUGGUCUCUGGAAUCAUCCCAACCUCGAGUGCUCUCUAUCCUUACUUUACAGGAGUUCAUUUAGGACUGAUCUCAGCGACGUUCUGGUGCCUACUGCUAAACGGGUUUGUCGGAUUCCAGUUUGCCGAGGAUGGCACGCCCUUGUCUCUCUGGUCGAUCCGCAUCUCAUCGUUCAUUGUGUUCGCGGCCGUGACGUUCCUGUCGAUUGCAACCUUCAAAUCGAUGGGCCCCUUUGAUCCACUGCAUCCAGUCGCGCUCUGGAUCGUGUUCUUCAUUUUCAACGGUGCCGCUCUCCUCAUCUACGUGAUCCUCCAAAUUGUGCUCGUCGUGAACACUUUGGACGACCGCUGGCCCCUGGGUGAUAUCGUAUUCGGCAUCAUCUUUUUCGCAACAGGCCAGGUGAUCCUUUACGUCUUCUCAGUCGAUAUCUGCAACUUUGCGAAGCACUAUAUCGAUGGACUGUUCUUUGGAACGACCGCGACGUUGUUGAGCGUGAUGAUGGUCUACAAGUACUGGGAUUCUAUCACGAAGGAGGAUCUGGAGUUCUCGGUGGGGUCGAAGCAGAAUGUGUGGGAGGUCAAGGAGUUGUUGGGAGAGGAUGAGUUGGCGAAUGGGGCACUGUAUAGUCAGCAGCAGCAGCUUCAGGGAGGAGGAGGUGGAUUUGGAUACAAUGGGAUGUCAGGUCAGGGACAGUACGGGCAGGCGAAUUAUUAUGAGGACCGGUAUUAG